AUGCCGUCUCUCCCCCAUGCCGGGAUGACCAGAAGCGCUGCUGAGCCGCCAAUAAACGCCAAUAAACGCCAACAAAACGGAGUAGGGCAACUGGUGAGGCUGAUGAUGACUUGGUAUCUGCGUAAUACAGCGAUUGGGGAGGCUUCCUCAACAACCUCGAGAAAAAUCACUGGGAGAGCACUCGGUAUCCGCAAUCAUACGACAAACACAUCAGUCCGUGAUCGUCUUCGUUCAGCGCAUCAUCAUACUCUUGUCAGAAAACAUGCUCUUGACUCCUUCCAUCCUUUUUCAUACUUGUGUGACCAUCUUCGAGAUGAGCAUACACUGUAUGUAAUUGGCACAGAUGUAAGCAAGCUGCCAAAUUAUGGGGUCAGAGGUAGACUUCUGCUUCGCCACAUCCUGCCAAACCUAUGGACCACGGAAUCUGCACGAAUUCAAAUCAACAAAUCCUUCACGGCAUCAUGA